GUUAACAUAUCUCACUUAUAAACAUGUGGAACAAUAGCAGCUUUCCUGCCGACAUUGAUUCAGCUGUAGCAAUAAGCCUCCCUGAUUCUGUUGUCAUUCUUACUACCAUCAGCAGUGUCUUGUCUGUUUUUGGAGCCAUCACCAUUUUCUUGUCUUACCUCAUUGUUCGUGAAGCUCAGAAUUCUACUAGAUUGCUGCUGGUUCACGUCACAGUUGCGGACCUAUUCACUUGUGUUGGUACCUUCGGAGGGUCCAUAAGGUACUUCUUACGAAAUGAAGACGAUUACAUAAUUAAAGAGAAGACUUUGGCAAUCAACUGUACUGGGACCGACAACGUGUGUCUUGUACAGAGCUUUGUCAACACGUUCUCUGCUAUGGCGUCUUUCUUCUUGACCGCAAUCAUAAUGCUUCAUAUUUUAAUGACGCUGCACAAAAUGGAAGACUGGACGAACUGUUGGAAAAUAGUUGCUUUUAAUAUCAUUUCCUGGGGAAUACCACUGGCAUUAACAAUGGCCGCCGCAGCGGAGGGAGCUUUAGGGGAGGAUUUCUCAAUAAGUACAGGCCCGUGGUGCUGGAUCAAAGGCUGCCUGUCUCCAACCACAGUGAUCAUGUGGAUGUCCGUGACGGGAAAGUUCUGGGAAGUUCUCACUUAUCUAGUAUCGAUGCUCUUUUACCUGGGUUCCAAAUAUCUAAUAUGGCGAAGAACAAGAACACAGACGUAUUCUUUUGGAGAAAACAGCGAUUACAACCUCCGUGACGAGGACCAACUCUAUACCAUGAUCUUUUUGGUUCUUGUUCCUCUCCGAAUCUUUGGAACCAUUCGAUUUUUUAUCGCUGUCCACAAAAGUAUGUCAAACGACAAUUUGGUUGUUUUUAACCAUAUUGACCAUGUUUUGCUGUAUUUCCAAAGCGUUGGUGACAGCGGCCAAGCCUUCUGUAAUGCCAUUUUGUUUUGUUUAAAAGACCGUGUAGUACGUAGAGGCUUGUUAGAAAGACUGAGGCGUUUUUGUGGAAGACCAACACAUGGCGAGUCAGAAAGACUUUUAUCAAAUAAUUACGUCAGUUAGUGUUAUCACGCUUUUAAAAAAAGUCAUUAUAAUUGUUUAUAGGGAAAUAUUAAUGAUAAAAAAGGAAUAUGUUUUUAAAAUGUAGUAUAAACCUAUGCAUAGCUGUUUUAUAUAAAGAAUAUAUUCAAUUGCAAAACAAUUUAUACGAAUAUAAAAUGGGUACAUGUAAGAAGAGUUCACGCUUAUAAACCGCGUCCCGGUUGUUUAAAUUAAUGAUUAAACUGCACAAAACUCAAACGUAACGUCAGGCGGAUGUAUACGGUUUUGACGUUAGUCUUACUGUGACUUAGGCAACACUCUUUAUACGAUAUUAUUAUAGAAUAUUUUUUUUCAGCCAAUCAGAAAGCGCGUUACAACAAGAAUUAAAUUAUCCGGUAAUAUUUCACCCGAGCGCCAGUCAGCUGCAGGCGACUAUAAGGAACAUGUAAGUUUGAGCUGUGGUGUGUUAAUGCUGAGUACAUGUUUCUAUUGUGAGAAAUAAAACGAAGCCUGAACGCAUAUGAUAAUGUGUUUGUCGAAACACAUUUUAAAGCAUUACUGUACAUUCCUGUUAUCCAAAAGAAUUUUUUAAAGAAAAUGAUUUACUGUGUUAAUGCAUCAAUACCGAAACCUCCACACAAUAAUACGAUACUUAAAAAUCUGGAUAUUGUUUUCUUUCUAAUGUUUUAUAAUAUAUCUUCAUUUGUCAUUUAUAUCAAUUUUGCAGAAUACGACAUUUUUACGUUUAUUUUAUUGCUUUUUAACAUGCUAUUUUGCAUUAAUUUGUUAUAUAAUUCCUCAUUAUUCAACUAUUUAAACAUGUAUACAUGGUUGUAAUAACACUCAAAUGAACAUAAACCUAAUGUUUGGACUGUGUACUUAAGCUUCCACUUUGUGUGUACACUUCAAAUUUUCUACGGAAGAUCAAACAAGAAAUGCACUUGAAACUUAUCAUUUAAACAUUUUCUGACGGUAAUGUUCUCUCCUACAACAAAGGCUUAUCUUUUCUCGCUUGCUCUCUCUUUAUUAAGAAAACUUAAAUGUAUAUUUUGUUAUUAUUUUAUGUUUGAAAAUACUUCAGAAGAAUCUGAGUUCGAAAUAUUUUAUUUUUACAUUUGUACAGCAGUAAUAUAUAAAUAAAAAUUAAUGUUUUUUUUAUUUGACAGUUUUGUAUGUUGACAAAAAUUCAUACUGAUUUAGUUAUACAUCUACGAGUAUAAUAUACAUACGAUAUUCAUAAGAGACAAAAAUAAACAAAUUAUAUAUAUUCAAAUCAACACUGUUACAUAACUGGUCUCCAGUUAAGCAUGAAGGACAGCAUCUUAUGUAAGACGUCAAGAUUUUCUGAUAAUCGAACAAUAGAGAGGCAAUGUUAGAAUACACAGACGUGAUUUUAAAAUGUUUGUCAGCAUUUUGUCUUAAGAUUUGAAAUAUUUAGCUUUUUUUUUUAACUUUUCUUAGGGAUUUGUUUAUAUUUUUUGCAUGCUUGUGUCUGUACUGUUUUUUAAGAUUUAAAAAUUAAACAUUUUUUUUCUUAGUAAGAAUUACAACCUUUUUCUUCGUUAAAUAUUUUUUUUUAUUUUGAACAUAGUUGAUAGGGAAAACGUACAUGCACUUUAUUUACCGUAUAUUUAUAAAAAAAAAAGUUAAUAUUUUGUUUCAACCAAGCGCAAUUGUGAAAAGUUAUAUUAUUAAAUAUAUAUAUUUUUUAUAGAGGACUCUCUUGAUAAAAAAAAAAUGCAACGCAUUCUAUAUUUAAGUCUAGUACAAAUUGUAACAAAAGGAGAGCUUAUUUUAUAUAUUUUAUUUCGUGGAAUUAAACAAACCGUUUAUUUCUUAAGAAUAAAAAGAUUUAGUCUAGGAAAGAAACGUUUUACAAAAAAAAACAUACAAGCUUAUCAACACACACUGGAACAAAAUU